AGUCAUUCCCAUCAGUCUCCGGCGGCACAGGCGGACCGCAGACACAUGACUGGGUAACUGUUUUUUGUUUGUUGUAAGUGUAAAGGACGACUCUAAAAAAGGACCGAUAAAAAAAAAAAACACCUGAGGACCGUGACAGCAGGGAGGGAGCGUGACUGACUCCCCAUGGAGGAGAGCGCAGAGAGGGUGAGCUCCUUCUCUUUCGUUUGGUACCAAGAUACAAGUUGGAUGCAUGCAGGGAAAACACGGAAUUAGACGGACGAUAUGUUAGUAUAAUCUUUUCCGAGACAGUUUUUUAAGGGAUUUUUGACGCACUUCUUGGAGACAUUGCUGUGGAUCAGCAUCUGCCCGCACGCACAGAGCGCAGCGCACGCUGUCUCAAAUUUGGGCAAAUUAAAGAAAGAAAUAAGACUGUGCCUCCAUGUCAAACACGCCAAGCUUUGGAUGAUCUGCCGAGGAUGAUUUAUGUGGAUGGUAAAAAUAGGUCUUGAAUGUGUUUUUGGAAGCGGAGCGGCCGUUUUGCUGCGUCCACAUAUUUUGGCACGCGAACUAAACCAAAGGGGGAAAAAAAUCACCUCGCAUCUGGAUCUGAGCGCAAACAAAACUGCAAGGUAAAUUCUUUUCCCUUUGUGUGGCGAAAUAGAAAUUGAAGGUGAAUCUCUGGACUUUCUUCCUCUUCUGAAUUCUGUUUUCACUCUUUUUUGCUUUUGGAAACGUCGACUGAAGACUGUUUCACGGAGUGAGGGGAGCAGCGUUGAAAAAAAUCCAAAAUAAAAAAAUAUAGAAAUUAAACGCAACACCUACAGCUUCGGUGCAUCAGUACAUGCACCAAUAUAAUCACACAGACACGCCUCGAGGAUCAUUAAACAAAUCAGAUAAACGCAGCGCCAAAAACAUCAAUAGAGAUUAUUGAUGAGGUGGUAUAUAAGGCUAAUGAUUGGCCCAGCCUCUGUUUACUCAACAGCUCGGCAACAAUAUGAUGUCAAACUUUCUGACUAAAGAGGCAUACAGUGAGAGGAGAAAAAAGGAACUGGAUUCCUAAAGUAUUUUUCAUGUAGAGUGAUUUUUAAAAACAAUCUGCAAACAAAGUUUGGAUUAUCCCUCAUUCCUCUCAAACUAGAAUGUCUGCUGCUCGUGCCGCUGCUGCUGCUGCAAGAGUUUUCCUACCAGGAUUUUUUGAGAGGCGAUUUUCUGAAGGAAUCUCCCUGAAAUAUUGAUCAACAGCUCUUGUGCAAGGAUGGUGGUCGUGACAAGAAGCCUAUGGAUGACCCAGUCAGUGGGAGAGCUGGUGCCAAGACAGUUGACCUCCCCAGCGGUUACACCGUUCGCCUAAAACUCCUCCCCAGAGAGGCACAGCUGCUGCAGGCUGGGGAUGUGAUGGGGUGACUGUUGACACCCCCCUCACCCACCCCCUCUCUCACUUUAUUAGCAGUGUGUAACAGAAACAAUGGAUCAGAAUUUCUCAACGGUUCGAGAUGGCAAGCAGAUGCUGGCACAGAAAGACUCAUCCAAACGUGUGUUGACAGGAUGUUUCCUCUCCCUCCUCAUCUUCACCACGCUGCUAGGCAACACCCUUGUAUGUGUUGCCGUCACGAAGUUCCGGCACCUGAGGUCCAAGGUCACCAACCUCUUCGUCAUCUCCCUGGCAAUCUCCGACCUUCUGGUGGCUAUCUUGGUCAUGCCAUGGAAGGCAGCCAUGGAGAUCAUGGGGUUUUGGCCUUUUGGUGCAUUCUGCAAUGUGUGGGUGGCGUUUGACAUCAUGUGCUCCACUGCCUCCAUCUUAAACCUGUGUGUAAUUAGUGUCGACCGCUACUGGGCCAUUUCGAGCCCAUUCCGCUAUGAGCGCAAGAUGACCCCAAAAGUGGCGUGCUUGAUGAUGAGUGUGGCGUGGACCCUGUCUAUCCUCAUCUCCUUCAUUCCCGUUCAGCUUGACUGGCACAAAGCUCAGACCACCAGCUACGUAGACUUAAACGGAACGCUCCCAGAAGAUCUGCCUCCCGACAACUGCGACUUCAGCCUUAACAGGACCUACGCCAUCUCCUCGUCCCUGAUCAGCUUCUAUAUCCCUGUGGCUAUCAUGCUUGUGACAUACACCCGCAUCUACCGCAUUGCCCAGAAACAGAUCAGGAGAAUAUCUGCCCUGGAGCGGGCGGCUGAGAGUGCCAAAAACCGUCACAGCAGCAUGGGGAACAGCUCCAACAUGGAGAGUGAAAGCUCGUUCAAAAUGUCCUUCAAACGAGAAACCAAAGUCUUAAAGACACUCUCGGUCAUCAUGGGAGUGUUCGUGUGCUGCUGGUUGCCCUUUUUUGUCCUCAACUGCAUAAUUCCUUUUUGCGAGGUGCCGGAAGAUUCCACAGAGUUCCCCUGCAUCAGCUCCACCAUAUUCGACGUGUUUGUGUGGUUCGGCUGGGCAAAUUCCUCCCUCAACCCCAUCAUUUAUGCCUUUAAUGCCGACUUCCGCAAGGCCUUCUCCAUUCUCCUGGGCUGCCAUCGGCUCUGCCCGGGGAGCAACGCCAUAGAGAUUGUCAGUAUUAACAACAACAUGGGCGCCCCUACCUCGAACCCUAAUUGUCAGUAUCAACCCAAAAGUCACAUCCCCAAGGAAGGCAACAAUUCAGCCAGCUACGUGAUCCCCCACAGCAUCCUGUCCCAGGAGGAGUUACAGAAGAAGGAUGGAUGUGGAGGAGAGAUCGAAGUGGGGAUGGUAAACAAUGCACUGGACAAACUCUCCCCAGCUAUCUCUGGGAAUUUAGACAGCGAUACAGAGGUCACACUGGAAAAGAUCAAUCCCAUCACGCAGAACGGACAACAUAAAGCUGUGUCAUGUUGAGGAAAGUCGGAUCAGAGGCAUGUUUGUGCAUAAAAAGGGAAGAAACACUUACUCAGAGAGACAGCAAAGGAAACUAAUGAGACUUUUAAGAACAUGCUUGACAGGAAAACAACACAGUGGGAUAUAUGGGACCUUCAGACUGUCAACAAAAACCUACAGAAUGUCAAAGUAAAGGCACUUUAUCCUGGAAAUAACUAUCUGCAAAAUACACUCAGCAUUUAUUGAUGAAAUUGUCCCAUUUGAUGAUAAAUGUUGAUAAUGUGAAUAUAAAAGCAGAACUGUGUGCACAUGUAUACAUUUUUUUUCCCAAUGUACAAAGAUGUAUACAUCUGCAUGUGUAUUGUACAGUACUGACACAACCCUGGACAAACUCUUACACAGUACGUGAAGGAAAAUGUAGUUACUAUUAGCAAAACGUCUUGUAAGUAGGUGCUUUGUAUGUGUUUCAUGGAAGAGGGAGCAAUAUGAGUCAAGUGGUUUUGGUGCAGUUUAGUUAGCUCAUAGCGGGUUUUUCCUCGACAAAGCAUCUGUUUUGCUGUGAUAAUUUAUUUCAGUCGCUCAAACACCAAAGUGACGGCAAUCAAACGUAACAGACAGGGCAGCGCUGGAGAUUCCUAAAAGUUGAUUUUUUUCUUUUUUUUUAUAUGACCCUCAAUCAUGCUCCAUCUGCUUCAAACCAGAUUUACUCAGUUUUUGUCUGAAAGGGAGAGAUAAGGAUAGAAAGAGCAUCCUCAGUCAUGCCCACAUAGGACCGAUUGCUCUACCUGAUCUGAAGUUUCUAUCGUUUUCUCUUUCUGUUUUUUUUCAUUAUCAUUGUCUCUCCUCUCUGUUGCUUUCCAGCAAACCCUCUCUAGGGCCCUGCAAUCUCCCCUCCUUCUCCUCUUUUUUCCUAAUUUCCUCAGUCAGCAGAGUCCCUUUCCUCAUCUACUGCCCCUAUUUCUCUUCUCUUGUCAACCCUUUUGCUUGUCUCUCCUCCAGGUCCUUUACACCUGCACUAUAACUCUUCUCUUUCCCUUUGGCAGUCCUCCAUUUUAAGUCCUUAUGCUGACCACUUAAAGCAGCAAUAGUGAUGCUAUUUUUGGCAGAUGUUGUCUAUCUAUAAUUAAGAAAAAAUAAAGGGAAUGUAAAUCUGUUCUUUUGGACAGAGGAGGCACCCCAGUGGAGUUCAGUCAGCCGUAAUGUAAGGGACACUUGGUGACCUUUUGCAAACUUGCAGAUAUCUGAUUUUGUAAAUUGUUGCUCAUGCUGGGAGCCAUGCUGUGUUGUAGUGGCGUUGUGAAGCAGUGUGACAGUUGCUCCGUUUGUAAGGGAAAGAGUCCUAGACGAGCCACUAUGAUGAGGAUCACAAUGGAGAUAGUGGACAUUUCAUUUUCCAGUAAACUGCUUUUGAUCGUAUUUUAAGAAAUAAAGACACAAUCAAUCAUUCCACUUAAAGAAAAGAUAAAUAAUUGUAAUAAUAAGUUUUGGUAUUGAGUUUGUCAUUCUCCAUUCAGUUGGUCCUGAAGAGUUGCUUCCAUAGACUGUAUAUAGAAUGAACACCGUCUGCCUCCUCCUUGGGCGAAGCCUCAGUGAGAACAGCACCCUCUGGUGAUGGGCUGCAGUAUAGGUCACAAAUCCAGCCUCCUCCAGCAAUCCCUAUGGAGCUGUGGACAAACUUAAGAAAGUAAUUACUCAGAAUAUAACAUUUUCUCCCCCCUGGUUGUGAUGUUAACAUGUAGUUACUGUCAGACUGGUUUGUGCUCAAGUCCUCUUUUCUCUGUACAGCUUCAUUUUUUAAAGUUAUUAGGGGGUUCAUAUUUUCUAUGAUUGACACCUGAUACAGCCUAUGGGCGUACAAAGAUUACGUAGCUCACCCGGGGAUACGCUGUUUGAGCGGAGCAUCAUUACUGCGACUCUCCCGCCGAAUGCGUACAACGCUACUGUGGCCUUAAAGCUACUCUGAGGAGUUGAGACAUCUAUGAAACAGUCUGAAGUUCACAUUGGAGCCUUUUGCUAAUGUCCAAAAGCAAACUCAACCAUCAGCAACACGAUUGAUGAUUUUUAUAUCAUCAUUUUUUAAACGUGAAAUCAGCACAAGGGGCAAGGUUUUUGCCGAGCAGCUGAAAAAAUAGCCAUGUUUUUAUAAUUUCCUCAUUAAAUGCUCCCCCCAAAUAAACAAACAAUGCAUUUAGAUGUCAAAAGCCAACCAGAAUGGAUUUCCCUACUAAGACACUGCUGAAUCAAGACUACUUUGUCCACAGGGGGUGCCAAAAUUGACACAAAUUUAAAGUUUCUCACAGGAGCUUUACAUUUUUUAUGACUGAUUCUGUCACAUCUGCUUAAUUGUCAGAAAAAAAGGAUUUUAACUUUGCAGACAUUACCAUGCAUUGGCUAGCAUAAACUUUUUGUCAAAGCUGAACAACUGUGUCUGUUGAGGGAGAAUUUACCAGGAUAUGAAACUGGAAAACUUUGUUCAUUGAGAAUUCCACAUUUCUUCUGUCAGAUGAAAAUUGAUUUACCUUUACUUCUCAAAUGUGUCAAAGUCAGGAUCUUAAAUUUUCUUGCUGUUAUAAAUGCCUUGCAGACAGAUUGAUACAACUUCAGCUGAUCUCAUGAAACAUUGAAAUGUUAAUUUAAGACAGUCUAAUCUGUCACUUUCUGCAAAUCUUUGUGAGCAGUUUUCUAAAGAUUGCAUUGUCUGGUUUGCUUUUGUAGGCUGUAUAGAGGCAUCAAUAUGAACCUCAUUCUGAAAUCUUUAAGUUUACCCUCUUUUUGAGACAUUUAGUGAAGGAAUUCAAGAAUAUGCGCUUUUAGAAAAAGGAUGCAUAAUGUCAAAGACAUUUGUAGUUUGCUGUGCUGCUUUAAAGGCUGAACUCUGUGCUUAUUCAUAUUUUAAAUACAUGCAAAGUGUAUGGGUGGCAUCUAUUAUCAUCACAGGCAGACAUAAUUAGCUCUCUAGUCGAAGCCUGUGCAGCUAGAUAUCUGUCGUGUCGUGUUGGGUGUUGGCAGGGAAGAACGCUCUGCAGCAUGCUUUCUGACAUUGUAUGCAAUACUUCCACUGUGUGCUGUGUGUGUCCAUGAAGGCGUGAAACUGUUGGGCAUCAGGGAAAGGAAGAGCUAAUCCGAUAGAAAGCAAUUGGUCUUGAAUGAAGCAUUUGAUUUUCCUGCUCUGGAAAAUCCAAUUCUAUCUUGAUGGCAACAAAGGGGUGGAAAGCUUUUAGCUCAAUAGGUGGCUUGGCUUGUGACACAAUGGCAACCCAUUGUCCCUUUGCUUCUCUGUCCUCAGCUCCCCACUGGUUGUUGCUCCGAUAUUUUUCAAAUGGACAUUGACGAACUGAAGUUGGGAUUCACAAUACUUUUUGAAGAGUUAAUAGCCUUCUUCUAGAGAUCAUGAAAUAUCUUAACAUCCUCUUCCAUAUAAUCCCAUUUGUUUUUCCUGUAUCAGAUCAUUCAAUCUCCCUUUUCUGUCUUUGUAAGUUCUUCCCGAUUUACCACCAGAUUACAUGCAAACACAAUCUCAAACAUACUAUUAAAACAUGGCAUGCACACAACCUGUCAGGACUAGACAUGGACAGGAAACGCCUUGGGGAAGAUCUGUCCGCCUCUCGUCCAUCCCUCUCCCCUCCACCCCCACCCUUUUUCUCCGUCUCUUUCUCUUUUCUCUUGGCUGCCUCUGUCGACUCGAUGAGCGCCCUCGAUGUUAGCACAGAUUGAAUUUAUUAUUAAACAGACAGGACCUACUGUUCCUCUACUGCAGUUUGAGUCAAAAUGCUGCUCUUGCAUCGAAAGGCCCACCUGGAAGAAGUUUUGUUAUGAUUAUUAUAAGUAUGUCUAUAUUAUUGCUGUUGCCAAAAUGAUUUUUUUGGCUGAAUGUGGCUGUUCUGUAGUUUAUAUUGUGAUUUUACCAGUGUUUUAUAAGCUGAAUCUUAAGGAGGGAGGGAGGGAGGGAGUCACUCUUCAAAAUCUAGAGAUUAAAUCCAUUUCUCUGGACAUGAUUGGCACUUCCAGGCUUUCCAGGGGUUAUAUUUCAGAUACGCUACAUUAAUAGAAACAUACCUCCAGCUGAGAGUUGAAAACUGUGCAGUAUUGUGGCUCUGUGUAACCCCCCUCGAGCCCUCACCUUGUCAGCUGAAUGAGUCAUCCCUUUCCAGAUGCCACUGCUUUGAUUUUCAAGAGGAGGGAGGGCGAUGUCAGGCAACGGUCCCACAAGCAAAAUGUUUGGUUUGAUCCGGAGCGGUUCCUCUGCCGGGCUACCCUACAUGUUGCUUUGGGGAGCUGUAGUGACAGAUUACAGACUCUCUAUCAGUGUAGUUACACGACAUAUGACAGCUUAAGCUAAACUGACAGUGCAACUCCUCCAACAAAGACCGGCCAAGGGACUCAAGGGAUGUUUCGACUCUUCUAAACCGUCCAAGAUAAUAACCGAGUCCCUACCUCGAUAACUUCAUGUAAAAAAUAACAUUGCAGUACUUUGGGUUUUGGGGGGAAGGGGGUGCAGGAAAUGAGUAUUGUACAAUGAUGUUCAAAUGUAGUCAUGGAGAACACAAGUGCUUUUUAUCUUUGGAAAAAAAAAACUUUAAUGUGCGUAGAAAAUUUACAUGCUGUAUGUUUUUUUUUUCUUUCUUUCUCGGAUGUGGGAUUAUAAUUUUGCAGUAACAGUUGCUGGCUAUUUAUAUAUUUAUUUAUUUACAUGUUUCUGGUGUUUAUUCAUGAAAGUGAUGUCAAAGAUUAUAACCUCCCUUCAGAAUAACUACAGUAUUUAGUUUACAGUUUGUACAAAAAAAAAUUAAUGUGCCCUUCUUGUAAAAUAAAGAUGUAUGUACUUUUUU